AUGCCUCCCUCUCCUCCCAUCUGCACAACCUGUCAACGACGCGUCAACGCCACGGGAUUAUGUGGAACCUGUCCCACUCAUCUACUUCAAGAUGACUUACGCGCCGUCUUUCUCUCAAGAGCAGCCUCCUGUGCCAUCAGACGUAGCCCAAGUUCUGCAGGCUAUGAGAGUGAUGAGUCUAGCGAAGCACCGGUUUAUGUUAGGAGAUCGAUUCCUGUUGUAAAAGAUAGAGACGGACAAGUUUUGGCUCAACUGGAAGACAUGAUCGGGAAGAUGCAAGCCGAUAUACAACAGAUUCGCCAACUAUCGGUCGAUGGAUUCCCUGAAAAGGUCUUAAGACAGACAGAAUUGCUUCGCACACAGUCAGGAGAUCCUGAUACCCCUCAAGCGCCAAAGCCUCAUCAGACAGCUUCAGGAACAACACGGGAUGAGACUAUGGGCAACCAAAAUCUCGGAAAACAGUCUCCUGAACUCCAAUCUAGACCCCAACCCCUGGAUGAUAUUCCAGCCCAACCAAAAACACCACUCACCCUGCAACUCGAAUUAAGCGUAAACAAAGCCGCUGAGCUUACAACCAGCAUCAACAGAGCCAAGAGUCUAGCUCUAAAGUCUCAAAGCCACAUGCAAAAGAUCCAAGAUAGUAUAUGUGAAAGUGCCGCCAAUCACGCGGCAGCCCGAAUAGAUCUCCACAUACAAAACUCCUUGAUUCGGCACAUGCUUGCUGACGGAUACAAAUCAUUUCCCAAGUGGCUGAAAGACAAGACAGCGUUUAUUCCGACAGAUAAAGCGGUGCUGGUUGUGAAUCCACGGGGAGGUGCACAACGAAAGGCAGGAGGAGGAGAGGGGGAAGAGAUGGAGGUGGAGGCCAGAAAAGAGGAGGAAGAGCUGCAGGCAAGAAUUAAGGAGAAUGAGAAGGAUGAUAUGGAGUAUGAUUUUGUGGCUUCUAAUGAGGGGCAGUGA